AUGACGGACACGAGAGCUAGGCCCUCGGAGACAGACAGGAUCACCGUGGACGAGGUGAAGGAGUGCGAGGUGCACGGAUACCUGCUGACCUCCAAGAGGAUCGGGACGGGAGGCUUUUCCAGCGUUUACCUGGGCCUCCCGACCCAGGAAGUAAUGAAGCGUAACUUCCGCCUGGCUUCUGGCCUCCAGACCAAGAGGAACAAGAUGGUCGCUAUCAAAAUUGUGAAUAUCUCUCAGAAUCCCUACCAACAGUCCCGCAGGUUCCUGAGCAGAGAGAUCAAUGCCUUACAUGCUACCUACAAGCACCCCAACGUGAUCCAGCUGUAUGAGACCUUUCGCUCCCCGAGCCAGCUGUUCCUGGUGUUGGAGCUGGCAUGUAAAGGAGACUUGUUGGACCACAUUAACAGGAUCGCCACCAACAAGCGGGACCUGGGGCUGAGGGAGGAGGAGGCUCAGCACCUCUUCCACCAGCUGGUCAGCGGCGUGGCACACUGUCACACCAAUCACAUCGUCCACAGAGACCUGAAGUGUGAAAAUAUUUUACUGGAUGAACAAGGAGCCAUAAAGCUGACAGAUUUCGGCUUGGCCGGCAGGUGUACCAAGAGAGGUCUGAUGAGCACUUUCUGUGGCUCAGUCCCCUACACCGCACCAGAGAUUCUCCUUGAGCAGAGCUACAAAGGGGAGCGUGCAGACAUCUGGAGCAUGGGAGUGAUCCUCUAUGCCAUGGUAACCGGGAAGCUCCCCUUCAAUGAAUGUCAACCUCAGAAAAUGCUGCAGCUCAUAAAGCGAGGCAUCAAGUUCCACCAGCAAUUGUCACCAGAAUGUCAGGAUCUGAUCAGCCAGCUCCUUCAGUGGUGCCCGUCGGCACGGCCAGAACUGACGCAGAUCCUUGCCCACCCCUGGAUGCUCCCCGCCAUCUCUUUCAUCUUCCAGAGAGUCAGAGACAUCCUCACAGAUUCCACGGACAGGAGUCAACACCGAGGGAAUAGCAGCAAAGGAGAAAAAGCAUCAGGGAACAGAAACUCAAAGGCGAAGGGAGUUGCUGUCUAUAAUUUGAAGACAAAUGGACCGAUGCACAAACUGGAGUCUCUGGAGUGGGCUGGCCUCGACCUGGACUCAGUAUGGUGUCAGUCUCCACAAGCACUCGACAGACCCAUCAAAGAUGCAGACAGAGAGUCCAAGGAUUCCAGCAAGCUCUUCACCCACAAGCCGAGACCCCCUUCAACCUCCAGACCUCCCCGGGACCCGGCUCGGAGAUACAUAGUCUCGGCCGCACCCAGGGACUCCCAGCUGCCGAGCAAGCGUCCAGUCAUUGAGCAGUGGCUUUUCCCAUUGCGUAAAGCCAGAUCCUGCCAGAGAAUAAGCCCGAUAUAA